AUGCUCUCACAAAAUACAAUAUAUGCCGUAUACUUGGUGUUCAAGCUAGCAUAUGCAUACUAUGAGUAUGAUUUCCCAUACGAGGUGGCAUCCGUUGGUGUUGCCGGGAGGGAGUCGACCCAACAAGUUUGCGUGCAAGGUUGGAGAGGGAGUCUUAACUGUGACGCAAUUCCACCCGAAGAGGAAGUUCAUUUCCCUCAUGAAAAAGCCGACGGCUGGAUGGAGGUGGAGUUGGGUGAGUUCCAUAACGAGGAGGGUGACAGUAGUGGCGAGGUGUCCAUCAGCUUCAUGGGAGAAAGCAAGUCUGGUCUUACCGUACUGGGCAUUGAGCUCAGAAGUAAGCAACAAAAGCCGACAUAA